CUGAAUUUUGUGUUAGAAAUAAUUCCUUAGCGAAAAUUUAUAGUUUCGAUAGUAGUAAAGUAUGCUAAGUUAUUUUUCACAUGUCAUGCUCUAAGUUUGUGAGAAAACAGCUAAAUACUGCGGCAUAGACAAGGAUUUGUAUGUAUGCUUUUUGAAGCUUCACGAAAACAACGGACUAGUAUGUAUGGAAGUGCGUUAGACUGAUUGCGCCGCAAAUUAUUUACUCGGUGUCGCAUAUGGUGAGGAAUGAAUGUGAAUAAAUCAAUAUAAGUUUGGCUUUAUACAAGGGGAACAAAUUUAAAUAAGUUGUACCAAAAUCAGAAUGGCAACUUUAGAGCAACAAGCAUCUAAACUUUUGGAUUUUAACCAAAAACUCGACAUCACUUUGCUGGAUAAUAUUGUCGGAUGUUUGUAUUCAUCUGUGGGUGAGCAGCAGCGGAUAGCACAGGACAUUCUUACUGCUCUAAAGGAACAUCCCGAUGCUUGGACACGAGUUGAUACAAUUUUGGAGUUUUCUCAAAAUCAAGAAACUAAGUACUAUGCUUUACAAAUUUUGGAACAGGUGAUACAAACCAGAUGGAAAGUUUUACCCAGAAACCAGUGUGAGGGAAUUAAAAAAUACAUUGUGGGUCUUAUCAUCAAAAAUUCAUCUGAUCCAGUCACUAUGGAGAAUAACAAAGUGUAUCUGAAAAAGCUUAACAUGAUUCUUAUUCAAGUGUUAAAAAGGGAAUGGCCACACAACUGGCAAACCUUCAUAAGUGACAUAGUGGGUGCGUCCAAGACCAACGAGAGCCUUUGUCAAAACAAUAUGGUCAUUUUGAAACUACUCAGUGAAGAAGUGUUUGUUUUUAGCACAGGACAACUUACACAGACAAAAGCAAAACAUCUCAAAGAUACUAUGUGUUCUGAGUUUAAUCAAAUAUUUCAACUAUGUCAAUUUGUACUUGAAAAUUCACAAAAUGCAACAUUGGUAGAUGCAACACUUCACACAUUGUUAAGAUUUCUGAACUGGAUUCCUUUGGGUUACAUAUUCGAAAUGAAGUUAAUUAGCACUUUAAUUUUUAAGUUUUUGAAUGUGCCAAUGUUCCGAAAUGUAACAUUGAGCUGUCUGACAGAAAUAGCUGGUGUAACCGUCAGUAAUUAUGAAGACCAGUUUGUAGCACUGUUAGUGCAGACAAUGGAGCAGCUGGAAGUGAUGCUGCCGCUGUCAACCAACAUCCGAGAAGCUUAUGCUGCUGGUAGAGAUCAAGAACAAGUGUUCAUUCAAAACUUAACUCUUUUUCUCUGCACAUACUUGAAAGAGCAUGGUCUGCUUAUUGAAAAAAGAGGUCUAACUACAACUCUCAUGAAUGCUCUUCGAUAUCUAGUCUUGAUAUCAGAAGUAGAAGAAGUUGAGAUCUUUAAAAUUUGUCUGGAGUUUUGGAAUGCUUUAGCAGCAGACCUUUAUAAAAUCAGCCCCCAUUCGUCCAGUUUGUACAGCUUAGGCAAAAGUGUCGGUGGAAGAGCUCUGUAUGCUGAUGUCUUAAGUAGUGUACGCUACAUCAUGAUCUCUCGAAUGGCAAAACCAGAAGAAGUGCUUGUGGUUGAAAAUGAAAAUGGAGAAGUUGUAAGAGAAUUCAUGAAAGAUACUGAUUCAAUAAAUCUCUACAAAAACAUGAGGGAAACACUUGUAUAUUUGACUCACUUGGAUUACCAGGACACUGAACGCAUCAUGACUGAAAAGCUGCAGAACCAAGUGAAUGGUACAGAAUGGUCAUGGAAAAAUCUUAACACUCUUUGCUGGGCAAUUGGGUCUAUCUCAGGAGCUAUGAUGGAAGAAGAUGAAAAACGCUUUUUGGUGGUUGUCAUCAAAGAACUUUUGGGCUUGUGUGAACAGAAAAAAGGCAAAGACAACAAAGCUAUCAUAGCUAGCAACAUUAUGUAUGUUGUAGGACAGUAUCCACGUUUCCUAAGAGCCCACUGGAAGUUUUUAAAAACUGUUGUGAAUAAACUUUUUGAAUUCAUGCAUGAGACCCAUGAUGGUGUCCAGGAUAUGGCUUGUGACACCUUCAUUAAAAUUGCCUUGAAAUGUCGCCGGCACUUUGUAACAACUCAGGUUGGUGAAGCUUGUCCAUUUAUUGAAGAAAUUUUAAGCACAAUCAGUUCUAUAAUUUGUGAUCUUCAAACCUUGCAAGUACACACUUUUUAUGAAGCUGUAGGAUACAUGAUUAGUGCACAAGUUGACCAAGUAGCCCAGGAACAACUCAUUGAGAAAUAUAUGCUUCUUCCAAACCAAGUUUGGGAUGAUAUAAUAUCACAAGCAUCACAUAAUGUAGACAUCUUAAAAGAUCCCGAGGCAGUAAAGCAGCUUGUGAGUAUUCUUAAAACCAAUGUCCGUGCGUGCCGAGCUUUGGGUCACCCUUAUGUGGUGCAGCUCGGUAGAAUAUACUUGGACAUGCUUAAUGUUUACAAGGUGAUGUCAGAAAACAUAAGUCAAGCUAUAGCCCUCAAUGGAGUUGUUGUCACCAAACAACCUCUAAUCAAGAAUAUGAGAAUAAUAAAGAAAGAAACCCUGAAAUUGAUCGCCAGUUGGGUAUCCCGUUCUACAGAUUGUAGUAUGGUUUUAGAAAAUUUCAUACCUCCACUUCUUGAUGCAGUUCUUCUGGAUUAUCAAAGGACCACAGUCCCAGAUGCUCGAGAACCUGAAGUAUUAUCUUGCAUGGCUGCAAUCGUGUAUAAACUUGGUGGGUUCAUCACUUCAGAAGUUCCCAAAAUUUUUGAUGCUGUCUUUGAGUGUACUCUCGAAAUGAUAAACAAAGAUUUUGAAGAAUACCCAGAGCAUAGAACAGAAUUUUUCUUGUUGUUACAAGCAGUCAACACACAUUGUUUUAAGGCAUUCCUCAGCAUACCACCAGCACAAUUUAAGUUGGUGCUGGAUUCCAUAAUUUGGGCAUUUAAGCAUACAAUGCGAAACGUCGCCGACACCGGCCUUCAGAUACUGUUCGGUUUGCUACAGAAUAUGGAACUGCAUCCUCAAGCAGCACAGAGUUUUUACCAAACAUACUUGUGUGACAUUUUGGAACAUGUAUUCAGUGUGGUGACCGACACAUCCCACGGUGCCGGCCUCACCAUGCAUGCGACCAUCUUGGCUUACAUCUUCUCUCUGGUAGAAGCUGGUCGUGUUACAGUGCCUCUUGGUCCAACCCCGGAUAACGUUCUAUACAUUCAGGAGUAUGUGGCAAAUCUUUUGAAAAUAGCAUUCCCUCACUUAACAGACAAUCAGAUCAAAAUAACUGUCCAAGGACUGUUCAACUUGAACCAUGAUAUUCCUGCUUUCAAAGAUCACCUGAGAGAUUUCUUAGUACAGAUAAGAGAGUACACGGGUGAGGACGACAGCGACCUGUACCUGGAGGAGCGUCUGCUGGCGCUGCGCCAGGCGCAGGAGCUCAAGCGGCGCGUGCAGCUGUCCGUGCCCGGCAUCAUCAACCCGCACGAGCUGCCCGAGGAGAUGCAGGACUAGCGCGCCCCGGCGGGUAACGGUUCACUUUAGAUAACUCAGUUAGCGACAGGGAAUUAAUAAACUAUUAUUAAUUUUACAAUGUGACAUAACGUGUUUUGUUUACCUAUUUUAAGUGAAUAUACGAAGCUAACAAUGCUUU